AACAAAAUAUUAUGCAAGCAUUGGACAUUAUUCUGUGAACAUUAAUUAAAUUUCGUACGACGACAUUACAAUUCCGCAGCUAUAAUAUGUAUCGUUUGCUGAGCGCCAAUCGCGCAACAGCCGUGCGACGUACGCUGCGACUGCCAACGCCUGCCUCAACAAACGGCUGCUGCUGCAGCUGCGGCGGUGGCAGCAGCGUCGGCAGCACUGCGCAUAAUUUUACACAAUAUCAGCAAUAUUAUCAAAUGCUUUACCGACAAGCACCGGCAACAACGACAACAAUAUCAGCACUGCGCACACACUCGUCCACGCCCACACAAACAGACGCCCAUGCGCUGGCCAAAAAGAAACGUUUGCGUAAACCGCGAUACGCAAAAUACGUGGAGCUCUUAGAGGUCACCGAACUCACUGCCAGUGAACGGAAAUCGCGAGUCAAACGUUUGAAAUCCAAGAAAUUGGCCGAAUUCAUACAGAAAACGCAAUUGCAAAUCUUAGAGAAGCGUGCCCGAGAGGAGCGGCGUGUUCUGAAGAAAGGAAAACCUGGCACCGAGGAGGCCGCACCGCGACAGCCGGCAGAGUAUCAAAAAAUCGAUAUAGAUCCAUUAGAUAGCUCUAUACUGGAGGCGGGCUUGUACGACGACAAGCCUUUGAUAUUUUUUGGCAAGGAGAUGUACACCAAACAGGUUAUUGCCAAUCCCGACGAGGUGCAUAAGAUACUGAAGAGCUUUCACAAUUAUCGAAAUAUUAUUGAGAGCAUGGAGAACGAGCAACAGGAUAAUGUUGAAGCGGAUUUGACCAGUUUUGGUUUAACUACGCCCAAGCAUAUACCGGAAACGGAAUUGUUGGAUCCCUUCGAAGCAAUCGAGCCUUAUAUUGAAGUCCAAGAAACGCAUAAAACAGAUGUGCCAGCAGUUAAUGUGCCCAAUGUUAAUGCCGUGACAGCCAAGUCCAAGAAACGUUUCAAGUCAAAGGUGCACGUCAAUGAGGAGCAGGAGCGUAUGGCCAAACAGCGUGCAUUGAUCAUAAAUUUAACCACAUAUCUGAAUGUUUGCGUCUCAGCCAACAUGCUGAACCGUGCUCUGUCCACCAUCUUUGCCUAUCGCAGUCGCACCAAGAAGAGCAGCGUACAGCAUCCAAAACUAAGCAGCAACCUUAUCACCAUCGAUCUUUACAACAUACUGUUGCAUGGUUAUGCGGGCAAGGGUUCUUUUGACCGCUGUCAGGAACUCUUUAAGCUCAUCCAUGAGGAUGGCUUGGAGUUUAGCGAACAAACGUAUGCGGCCACAUUCGAGUGUUUGGGCCGCGUUGAGUCGAAUGCACAGAAUCAACAGUUAAUUGAACAGUACAUAGCAGAGGCGGAACAACAAGGCUACAGUCUAAAUCAAAUCAUGGAUCGCUCCAAAUUUGUAUCGGAUCAACGUGAUAUUGCUCUGGAUGCUAUAAGACGCGUGCGUGCGGAAUUUAUGCCCGUCUAUGUGCCUCCCCCGUUGGGCUAUGACAACGAGCUGCUCAACGAUCUCAAUGCGCAGACUUUGCCCGUUGGUGCAACGCUGGAGGCUGAUGUCACAGCCGAAGAUUGUGUCAUUAUGAAUCCUAAGCGCGGUUAUAGCAAAACACAGCUGGAACAGCUGGCACGCGAGCAGCUACAGGUGGAACUGGAUGGCUACAUUACCAUCAAGUCCAUUGAGAAGACUAAAGAGUUUGCCAAUGCCGAAUAUUGUCGCUCGAAGCUCAAGGAGCUGGAGCAAGGCUGGCGCAAGCAAAUCUCGGCAGCGAUUGUGCGAGAUCUGAACACAUUGCGUGCUCAGGUGCGUUUCAAGCCGCAUGGUUAUAUGAAUUACUACACCUACUUGAAAGUACUCGACACGACACAGUUUGCUGACAUACUGAUCAAGGAGCUGUACAAACUGGCCGAAGGCUCAGAGACAUUCAGUCCGACGGUGAGUCAGCUGUACAAGGAACUGGGUCAGAAGGUGCAGCAAUGCUAUCAAAUCGAACAAAAGAAACAUAAUGGUAUUCUGGAGAAAAUCGGUGACAUAUACAGCGCAUAUUGUGAGCUCUGGGACAGUGGACGCACCACGGACAAUACGCGCCAGAUGUGGCAGCGAUUGGUGCACGACGAGCGCCACAGUGGACCCUCCAUGGAUCUGCCGGAGGUGCCGUGGCCAACGAAUGUGCUCGCUGGUGUCGGCAGAUUCCUCUAUAACAUCCUUAUGCGCGACAUUAAAAUCGAUGCGCAUAUUAUGCGCCAGAAGAGCAAAGCGAAGACAACAUCUGCAACAAUGGCGUCACAUAAUUUGCUGCCCGCAUUCUAUACGCUCUUUCGCAACCAGGGCAGAUUGGUGAAGGAGGAGGUUAAACCGCAUCCGGUGCUAUCACGAUUGCUGCGCGCUUCGCGCCAACAAACUCUUACAUUUGAUUCGAAUCUGGUGCCCAUGCUGUGUCCACCGCAGCCGUGGAGCACGCCACACAACGGUGGCUAUUUGCUGAACAAAUCGGAGCUGAUACGAUUACCACAUCAGGCUGUGCAGCAGUGGGAGCGCAUACGUUCCUCCAAUCCUCAACAUCUCUAUCCGGCCAUUGAUUCCCUCAAUCAGCUGGCCAGUGUGCCGUGGCGUGUCAACACCCAGCUGCUGGACGUCAUUAUUAAAGUAUUCCGGAAUGGCGGCAAUGCCAAACUGGAUGUACCCCAGCCGCCCAGCUCAUUGCCACCGUUGCCCACGUUGCCAUCGUCCGAUAAGGACAGCGAAACAGUAUCGCCGGCGGAACGGGCUAAACAGUUCCGCGAUAAGCUCGGCCAUCGACGCAAACAGGCCGAAAUGUACAGCUUGUGGUGCGAUGCACUCUAUCGCCUGUCGCUGGCACAACAUUACCGCGACAAGGUCUUUUGGCUGCCACAUAAUAUGGACUUUCGUGGUCGCGUUUAUCCCGUCCCGCCGCAUUUGAAUCACUUGGGCUCGGAUUUGGCUCGAUCGAUGCUCAUUUUUGAUCAGGCACAACCGUUGGGCGUCGAUGGCUUCAGCUGGCUGAAGUUGCACUGCAUCAAUUUGACGGGCAUGAAGAAGCGCGACUCAGUGCGCGAGCGCCUGCUGUACGCUGAGGAGAUAAUGCCCGACAUUCUGGACUCGGCAGACAAUCCGUUAACGGGUCGCAUGUGGUGGGCCAAAUCCGAUGAGCCGUGGCAAACGCUUGGCUGCUGCAUGGAGAUUGCCAAGGUGCAACGUUCACCUGAUCCUGCCGCCUAUCUCAGUCGCUUUCCCAUCCAUCAGGAUGGCUCCUGCAAUGGCCUGCAACAUUAUGCGGCACUCGGCCGAGAUCAGGCGGGCGCGUGUAGUGUGAAUCUAUCACCCUCUGCCAUACCCCAAGAUGUGUACAGUGCUGUGGCGACGAUGGUGGAGCGCACACGCAAAACAGAUGCCCAAAGCGGACUGCAUGUGGCGCAGGCUCUGGAAGGUUUCGUGCGGCGCAAGGUGAUCAAGCAGACGGUAAUGACUACAGUUUAUGGUGUCACUCGUUACGGAGCGCGUCUACAAAUUGCACGGCAAUUGAAAGACAUUGAUGAUUUUCCCAAAGAUUGGGUGUGGCCAGCGUCCACAUACUUGACCACCAAGACCUUUGAAAGCCUGCGCGAAAUGUUCACCUCAACGCGUGAGAUUCAAGACUGGUUCACGGAAUGUGCGCGACUCAUUGCCGGCGUCUGCAGUCAAAAUGUGGAGUGGAUAACGCCGCUGGGUUUGCCCGUUGUGCAGCCCUACAAUCGGCAGGAGGCCAAGCCUGUCCUGCGCAACAGUGGACUGCGCGUGAAUGCAAACAUGCCAAUGGAUAUGUACGAGCGUCCCAAUAUACUCAAGCAGAAGAACGCCUUUCCGCCAAAUUUCAUCCACUCGCUGGACUCGUCGCACAUGAUGCUCACCUCGCUCCACUGCGAACGACAGGGUAUUACCUUCGUCUCUGUCCACGACUGUUUCUGGACACAUGCGUGCAGGGUGCCCGAACUGAAUCGCGCCUGUCGCGAGCAAUUCGUUGCUCUACACUCGCAACCCAUACUAGAAAAGCUGUCUGAGUUUAUGCGGCAAACGUAUAGCUUUCGUGAUAACGACUUCACCAACGAUGGCUCUGUUGAGGAUCUUUCCAAGCGUCAGUUGAAUCGCACGUUGCGGCAAUUACCACAAAAAGGUGACUUUGAUCUGAACAAUGUUCUGAGCUCGGUCUACUUCUUCAGCUAAUUUUUUUCCUAACAUUGUGCCUGAUUGUAGUCAUUAGUCAUUUAUGUUGAGCCUAAGACACUGUUAAGUUUGGUAAAUACUUUGAUGCUUUUAAUACCAAAAAGAAAAAGAAAAACAAACAAAAAUAAGAACGACCAGUGAGUGAUGCAGCAGUAUAUGUGAUUUUGUAAGAGUUUACACAUAAAAAGUACACUUAAUAUUUUGAAUAUUAAAUGCCAAGCCAUCAAUUAUACAAAUUCUUAUAUUACUAUUUGACAAAUUAUUAACCCAUGUAGUAUUUAUACAUGCAAUCAAGAAGCUUGUUUUUUAAAUAAAACACCAAAAUAAAAAAU